GUGAUCGGAGGAUCGAACAUAUCACGCGCGAGGUGUGCGACUGCGUUGUCGUCUGUUGAUUUUUGCAGAGCCAUCUCUUGGACUUUUUUGAUCUAACCUUGUCGUCUAGAAAGACAAAGACUAUCGCGUACUCACCUCCAGCCAUCAGUUUCUCCAACUUUCUGACCGAUUUCUCUCUCUGAGUAUCUUUUUUUGAGCAUUUCUACCUCUCAUAAGGUGUAAAAUUGACCAGUGAACAAGUCUAACGCGUUUCACGUUUAUGCCAUUCGUCUGCAACGAGUUUGGAGAGAUUUUGUGAAGCCAGCAAACACAAGUCUUAGUGGGAGGGGCGUAAGCAUUCCAGCAAAUUUCCUUCGUCUCCUCGCUUACUUGUCUACACUACUACCGGAUCGAACGACAUAUUGCUAAAGAGACCGUUAGAGAAUCCACAUGGAACGACAUUUUGCGGAUCCGUUCGGUCACAAAUCGGCGAUUCUGAAAACAAGUGACGUAGGAUGCUUAGACCGGAAGUACAUGCUUGACGUUUUCCAUGCUAGUGACAGCGGUUCUAAGGGCUAUCUCGAUGCCGGCGACGUGACUGUAGCUCUGACAGGGCUUUUCGGUUAUAGUCCCGACGAGGAAGAAGUCGGAAAACUAAUGAAUGGUCGAGAAUGUCUUUACUUUGACGACUUUUUUGAGGCGGUUGCUGUCCGCUUUGCUAAUAGGGAUAUUCACGAUGAGAUUAGGCAGAUUUUUGUCGCUAUGGAUGGUGGUUGUCGAGGGUUUUUGACGCUCUCGGAUUUGGAGAGGGCAAUGAAGGUUGUAGCGCCGCGUUUGGAGAAGAGGGCUGUUGAGAUGUUUCGAGAGGUGGACAGUGAUGGGGACGGGAGGGUGUCGUUUAGAGACUUUGAGGUCAUGAUGAGAAUAGAGGGAAUGAGUUGAUAGUGUGUAGUCACUUAGUAGUGUCAACAUGUUGGAUGUGAGAUCUAUAUUCUAGAGGUUUUUAGUGUAUCUACAACAUGUAUGUACGUUUCAUGUUCAGUUGGUGUGCUGGUGGUAUCUGUGUCUGUAGACACGGUCAAACAAGAUUGAGCAACACAGACAAUGGGAGCAUCUGU